CAAAUUGGUACCGCCCAAAUUUGUGCAAACCCAUGCCCAACUUGCAUAAAAUGAAGGUGAGCGAUGUUUCUUAGAGAUGCAGUCCACGGACAAGCAAGAAUAUACCAGUCAAAGUUGCAAGAAAUCACUUCUGAAAUACCUCUCAGAAAGUCAUAGAUGUUGCCUCAUAUUUUUCUCUGUUCGUCGUAUUUUUGUUUAUUUUCUGAUAAAUCGCUGUGAAUUUCAGUCAGUAAUGCCAGACAUAGGCACUUCAAAGUCAAACUUAUUAUUGUUCAAGAAAAUGCACGUUGUGCGUCCUGUUCUGUAAUGUUUGAGUGAAUUACUAUGAUAAUUGCAACGUUUCCCCAGAUAUGGGGCCCUUUCUUCAAUAACUUUGUUCCGAGUUUUAGGUCCAUUGAUAGUACUAAGACUGGUAUUCUGAGUCAUGGCCACUGUGGAAGAGAAAUCAACAUGGCAUAAUCCUCCGUUUUCAUCAGAAAAGUAUGAAAUGAUUGACAAAAGUGGAGAUCAUGAGAAAGAAGCAAAGAAAAACAUUGCAGAUGUUGAUAACAAUGGGAAGAAUGGAUGUUUACAGGGAUCAUGCGCACAAGCUUCUUUUACAUCUCCUAAAUGUAGUUUUAUAAGUAGCUCAACAUUAAACAGCAGUACAGAUACUGCAGAAUAUGGAAUCAGAGAGAAACCUGGAUGUUCUCUGCAUUAUUUAUUACAAGAAGUCUCUUCUAAAAGAAAAAACACUUGUAAAAUCCCAAAGAACCAAAGCAUUAACAAAAGUAAAAUUGAGAACAAUAAAAAAGUAGAUGUAGAUUCUUCACAUCCCCAAAGGGCUGCCCAUUCUUCAAGUCCAGAAAAGCUGAUCCAUGUUCCAGCAGAAUCUCCAUCAAAUGAAGCUGUAGAUGUACUAUUUCAAAAGGAGGUAUCUAAACCAGUAUUAAAAUCGGAGUUUCAUUCCAGCAAUAUGCCUUCAGAUUUAAUUUUUAAAAGAUUGUAUUGCAUUAAAAAGUUUGAAGGUACCAAGAAGUUUACAGUGAUGCAUGAUACCAAUGGUGAUUCUGAAGAUGGAUAUCACAUGCCAACUGAAAAUGUUUUGCAUGGUUAUGUGAGGUGUUUAGAAACCCAAGAUGAUAUCAGGGAGUCUGAUGUGGCUUUUCACUCACUAAAGUUUAAUGAUGAGAUCAGCAGUGCUGCAGGGCCCAGAAUACAAUGUAACAAGGGUACUGCUGCCUUCAUAGAACCAGAUGAAUCUGUCACUUUUGAAAAUCCCAUUAAAGUUCAUCAGGUGCCACCUGCUUCACAUGAGUUAAGUAAAGACAUUUUUGUUCAGCUGAUUGAUGAAAAUGGCAGUUACUCCACAGCCAAAUAUGAGCCAAGCGAUGCUGAUGACCCUGUUAUAAAAAUUAACUUAAAAGAAGAUCAAGACUGUGGUAAUAUAGACAUUCAGGAAGUUGUCAUAGAGGAUAAGCCUUUCCGAUGUAAAGCUUGUGAGAAGACAUUUAAAAGGGCUUGGGAGUUGUUUAGUCAUGAGGUUGUCCAUAAUGAGGAGAGGCCUUAUCAGUGUGACCUUUGUGAUGCAACUUUCAAACGUCAUUCAGAUUACAAGAGCCAUAAGCUGGUGCAUACAGAUGAUCGUCCUUUCAAAUGUGAAAUAUGCGGGAAGCCAUUCAAGCGCUCCUCCAACCUGCAGGAACACCGACGUAGCCAUACUGGUGAACGACCCUACCAUUGUGCCUGUUGUGAUAAAAAUUUCAGAACUCCAUAUGAGCUUCAGAGACAUAUGCUCAUUCAUUGCACGGAGAAGCCUUUCAAAUGCAGUGACUGUGGAAAGGACUUCCCUACUAGCACUUCUCUUGUUUUGCAUCAACGACAGCACUGUGACGAUAAACCACAUGUCUGUGGUAUUUGUGGAAAAAAGUUUACUUAUGGGCACAGCCUCAAAGUUCAUGUGAGGGUACAUACUGGUGACAGACCUUUUGUGUGUCGAAUUUGUGGAAAAGGAUUUAAGCAGUCUAAUGCUCUGGCAUCACAUGAACGUGUUCACACAGGUGAGCGGCCUUUUGAUUGUAAAACUUGUGGGAAGGCUUUCAAACAGUCAUCGUAUCUAGUGAUACAUGAAAGAUCCCAUACAGGAGAGCGUCCGUACAAGUGUGAAAUAUGUGAGAAAGCUUUUGCACGCCCUUCUCUCUUGUUACAACAUCACCGGGUGCAUAGCGAAGAGAGACCAUAUAAGUGCCAUUUUUGUGAAAAAUGUUUUAAAGAUCUUUCUUACUUGACAGUCCAUGAGAAGGCACAUAGAAAAGGAUACCCAUUGUAAAUGCAGCUUGCUAUAAAGAGUUGGCUCACCCCAUAAACGUUUUGUCACAUUACAGUGUUGACCAUGACUGGUAAUUUGACAUUUUCAGUUACAUUUGUUGUUAAAACUUGAAGCUGCUUUAAUUUAAUGGGAUGGGUCAUCCUUUGUGAGUACGUCAGGUGUAUGUUUCGCGAUUGUAGAAUAUUCCAUAUCUACAGCUACAGUCUCAUUGGGAAUGGAAUGUUUAAAACUCUUAUUGGAUACUAAAUUAAGCAUACAGUUGCUGCUUUAACUGCCAUGUGUUUUGUAUGAACCGUUUUUGUUUAAAAGAAUUUCACUGCAUGUAAAUUAUUUGUAUAAAAGAUACAAAGUCAUUUUUAUGCUGAGAAAAUUAUGAUACUAAGAAAUGUGCAGAAAGCAAAGUCUCAA